UGACAAAAUGCAGACGCAUGCAGUUGUUGCGUUCCUGGUGCUGGCACUGGGAACCACCCAAAUACAUAGCACCGAGUGGUGGGAGAACGGCAACUAUUAUCAGAUCUAUCCGCGAUCAUUUCGGGACACCAAUGGCGAUGGCGUUGGAGACUUGAACGGCGUGACUGAGAAGCUACAAUAUCUUAAGGACAUUGGUUUCACGGCCGCCUGGCUUUCACCUAUUUUCAAAUCGCCCAUGGUGGACUUCGGCUAUGACAUAUCCGACUUCUAUCAGAUACAUCCCGAAUAUGGCACCAUGGAGGACUUUGAGCGCAUGAUAGCACGUGCAAAGGAGGUGGGAAUCAAGAUCAUACUCGACUUUGUGCCCAACCAUUCAAGCGACAAAAGUGAAUGGUUCAUCAACUCGGUAAAUGGUGACCCCGAUUACAAGGACUUUUACAUUUGGCACGACGGCAAGAUCAAUGAGGAGACCGGCGAACGCGAGCCGCCCAGCAACUGGAUCUCAGAGUUCCGCUACAGCGCCUGGGAAUGGAACGAAGUACGAGAGCAGUAUUAUUUGCAUCAGUUUGCGGUUCAACAGCCGGACCUGAACUAUCGCAACCCAGCCGUGGUGGAGGAGAUGAAGCGCGUCCUUCGCUUUUGGCUGGCCAAGGGCGUGGCUGGUUUCCGCAUCGAUGCUGUGCCGUAUAUGUUCGAGGUGGAUCUGGAUCGUUAUAACCAGUAUCCCGACGAGCCUCUGUCCAACGACACUACCUGUCCUGGCUCCGAUGAUCAUUGCUGGACUCAGCACAUAUACACGCAGGAUCUGCCCGAAACAUUUGACAUGAUCUAUCAGUGGCGUGAACUAGUAGACGAUUUUCACGAGGAACAUGGCGGAGAUUCGCGUGUACUCCUAACCGAAGCCUAUACCAGUUUCGAGAACAUGAUUAAGUUUUACGGCGAUGGUGUGCGCAAUGGCUCCCACGUGCCCUUCAACUUUGACUUCCUUAGCAACAUAAACAAUGUCUCGACAGCACAUGACUAUGCGGAGCAUAUUCAAAAGUGGAUAAAUGCCAUGCCGGCGGGUGUCUAUGCCAACUGGGUGCUCGGAAAUCACGACAACAAGCGUGUGGCUUCUCGUUUUGGGGUGCAACGCACGGAUCUGAUUAACAUACUUUUGCAAACACUGCCAGGACAUGCGGUGACCUACAACGGUGAAGAGCUGGGCAUGACCGAUGUCUACAUUAGCUGGGAGGACACUGUUGAUCCGAAUGCAUGCAACGCUGAUCCAGACACCUACUAUGAUCGCUCACGGGAUCCAGCGCGGACGCCUUAUCAGUGGGAUGCUUCCGAGAAUGCAGGAUUCACCAGCGGAGAUCAAACUUGGUUGCCUGUCUCCGAUGAGUACAAGCAAAUCAAUGCCUUGCAGCAAAUGCGCGCACCCCAGUCCCAUUUGCAAAUCUUCAAGAAAUUGGUGCGUCUGCGUAAGGAGCCCUCUUUUCGCCAGGGCGCCAUUAAUAUUCAGGCCCUGGAUGAUGAUAUUCUCAUAUACUCGCGCCAAAAAACUGGCAGCGAGCUUUACGUCAUUGUCAUAAACUUGGGCGGCAGCGAUAAGACCAUCGACCUGACCAAGUACUAUAGCUUAGGUGGUCAGGCGGAGGUCAUUACCACCUCCCUGCAGUCCAAAUAUAUUGACGGUGAGCUGGUUGAUCCCAAAGCUUUUGUGGCCAAUGCCCAUGUGGGCACUGUCCUAGUGGCCAUCAAUUGAAGUGAGACUAGAGUUUUUUAAUAAGUAGAAAUCUUGUUGUAACGUAGCAACCAUAAUAAAGCUUUUAAUUCUACUUCCUCUCCCUUAA